UAAAUAUAGUAUAUUUUAAAUUAUGAUAUCAAUCUUUUUUAUCAAAUACAGUAAUAUUCAUAAUGACCGAAGACCGCUUUCAGUCUCUCCUUGCCGAUUUAGGAAAAGCUACGUUAAGAGGGGUUCGAAAAUGUCCCAAAUGUGGUACUUAUAAUGGUUCUCGAGGAGCUUGUUGUAAAAAUAAAUAUUGCGAUGCUAUUUUUAAAGAGCCUAGUGAAAGACGUAAAUUAUCCGCAGAGGCUUGUAAGCUCAUUACUGGAUCAUCUACUCAAGUAUUUUCCGUAAGAAUUCGUGAUAAAGGUCCUGAUUAUCGAGGAUUUGUUCAGCUACCGAUAGUAAAUUUGAUUUCAUCGUCCGACGUGAUAGCUUCGAUAGCCCAAAAUUCUGCUCUUUGUUUUGUUGAUAAUUGUGAAAAAAGUUUUAAUAACACUGUACUACAAUGUCACGAAAAAGAAGCAUCUGAAAUCUUGACAUCAAAUUGUCAACACAUUCAAGCAGCAUUACGUUGUUAUGCAGAAGCUCAACCAUUAACACUACGAAAUUCUAUUUUAUCUUCGUUAAAUGUAAAUAAUGAAACCAAACAAGAAAUUUGGCUACUUGCCACUGAAACUUCAGGACCGUUAGUACAAAGAGUGUCGAAGAAUAUAAUGGCUGUAAAGUGUAAGGCUUCUUCGAAACAUCCACUUGGUUAUUUACAUUUUUCUUUUUUUUCAACAAAAUUCAAAGAUAAAAUUGAGCAUAAAUUUUUCUGUAGCUGUAAUUCGUUUAAGAUAUCUUGUAAAGCAAAUGAAAAUAAAACUGAUUCUGCUACAACCAGAAGAUGUGUCCACUUUUAUGCAUGCAUAUGUGCAUUUGCUAGUGAACCUAAACUAUCGGAAGAAUUUCAAUAUUAUAUAAAUUUAGAUAAAACAGAUACUGUUAUACAGGAAUUGCUUGAUUUUCAAUUUAAUACUAAUGAAACCGAUAAAUUUGUUGAAAUGGAUCUUGAUAGUUUAUCUGACGAUACACAUCUUUUAAUAUUUCGAGAUGACCCAUUAGCAGUUGAAAAUCUACAAAACGAUAAAUUAGAUAUUGAUAAUGUAGAUUUGGAUCCAUUGUUAUUAGAAGGAAAUAUUAUAGACAAUAUGAAAACUGAAAGUCAUAAUUUGCUAGAUGGCACCAAUAGAAUAUCAGAGAUACAGAAUUUAGAAGUGAUUGAUCAAAAUGCUGUGUUUGAUGGAAGUACGGUAAAAAUAAUUCCUGAUCCUAUUGUGAUAGAUACUAAAUACAGUAAUAGCAUUGAUAAUCACAUCUUUCUAGAUGAAAGUAUAAAAACCAUAAACGGUACUGCAAUAAAAAUUCUCGAUCACAAUUUAAUAUUUGACGCGAAUAGUAUUAAGCUAAUUGACUCAAAUUCAGUAUCUAUGGAUAAAAAUAAUUCAACUCUCAAAAUACCCGUGGGACGUAAAAUAAAUUCAGUCAAGAGGAAACGCGAAGAAAAUAAAAAUCUUUCUCCUAUUAUAAAUUUAAACUCUAUUGAAAGUAGAAAAUCUAAAACAAAAACCAAUAGUAUGAAGAAGUAUCCUAACACAUGUGAGAACGUUGAUGAAUCUAAUACAAGUCUCUCCUUCAUAAGAUGGUUGUCAUCGAUUACGGAACGGAUCAACCAAACGAUGCAUUUUCAGUUCGAUGGUAAACCAGAACCAUUAGUGUUUCAUGUUCCUCAAGCAUUUUUCGAGUGCCUACGUGAGCGAAUAUCAUGCGGAACAAAGAAGAAACGGUUACCAAACUCGACAAUAGCAUUUGUCAGACGUGAUGACGUGCCACUUGGUACUUUUACAAAGUACACCUGGCUGAUUACCAACAUUCUCCAUGUAAAAAGUAUAUUCGAGACACCACUAGUACCAUUGGAAAUUACCAGAAGUUUCGUGCAAAAUGCCGACGGCAAUUACGAAUUGUACAAAAGAGAAGAGACCGAAAUUGACAGAUACAAAAAAACAAGUAAUAAUCCACUCAUAAAGCCAUUGGAGUUAAAAACAUAUUUGAAAGUCGGAAAUACAUCGCCUAAUCAAGUUCAACCGACUCCAUUUUUAAUUGAAUGGAUACCAGACAUUUUACCGAUAUCAAAAAUUGGAGAGCUGAGAAUAAGAUUUGAAUUUGGUCAUGUAAAAAAUGAAUCUCCACAGCGAAAAUUAUCUAAAAAUUAUUAGCUUUCUCUAAUAUACUAUUCAUUUAAAUAUUUUUUUUUUAUCCGGCUAUUAUUUUGCUAGAACCAGAAAUACGACUUAUUAUUUUACUCUACAUUAAAGUAUAUUGAAAAUAAUUACAUCGUUAAAUUCACGAAAAAAAAUUUUAUCUUGAACUUGAUCUAUAUUGAUGAUAUUCUAGAAGUCGUUUACUUAAUUUCUCACCACAAACUUAAUUAUAAUAUAAUUCUCUUUUAUUAUUUAUUCUAACUAUAUGACGUGUCUACUUUUUCUGUAGAAUUUCAUUAUUCUUAACUUAAUCAUUAUAUACCUUUUCCA